AUGCUCCUUGAGUCAGGAGCGAGCUUUUUCCGAGGAGGAGGAGUGCAUGGUUCCAUUUUGCAGGCUGCUGCAUUCAAUGGUCACUUGGACACUGUACAGCUUCUCCUUGACGCAGGGGCAGACGAUUCUAUCGGAGGCUAUACAAAGGACGCACUUCAUGCCGCAAUAGAGGGAGGCCACCCUGAUAUUGUGCUACUCUUGCUUACAAGAGGCUUCCCGCCUCGGCCACGCGAUAGGCUGCGUGGGAAAGAACAAUGGCCGGCCCUAUUACGUCAAGCCUGCUCUGUGGGGGCUGAUCAAGCUGUGAAGCGGAUUUUGCGGCAUGGUGUGAACCCCAACGAGGCUGAUGGCAAUGGUGACUAUCCGCUUCACCUUGCAGCUGCUCAUCUGCAAUCAUCUGUGGUCAAUACCUUGAUCCAACAUGGAGCUGACAUGAACGUAACCACCCACGAGGGUAAAACACCACUC